ACUUUCCCUUUCUUCAGAUCUCUCUCCUCUCUCUUUCUUCCUUAUCUUCUUUUCUUAAAAUAUUUCUCUUUCUUCCUUCUCUUUCCUCAAUCUCUCUCAGAAUUCUCUCUCCUCUCUCAUCAGCAAGGCAAAAAAUUCCCUAAAAGAGCCCCGUUCGUUUAACCCAAUCCUCAUAUCUUUGAAAUGGAUGAUGAUGGGUUUCGCAACUGGGGUUACUACGAACCAGCAGCUGCUACAUUCAAAGGUAAUCUCGGGUUGCAGCUAAUGCCAAGCAUUGAUCGGAACACUAAACCGUUUUUAACCGGUCGUGACCCGAAUCUAAUGAUUGGCCAAAACGGACCGUACCACCACCAACCUGAGCCUCCUAUCAACAUGAGCUACAAUUGGAUUAACCAACACAAAGACAAGUUCUUCAACAUGUUGCCUGUAACAACCAGUAAUAAUUACGGAAACAUCCUUCCCGAAACUUCAUCAGCCCAGUCGAUGCGUCAUCAUCAAACCAUUGAGGAAUACCCGGUUAAACACGAACAAGUAGAAGAGAUUGUUCAGACCAAUAAGAAGAGAAAGCCUAAUACAAAACCUGGCGCCUCAGCAAAGGCUAAGAAGCCUCGGAAACCGAAGGAGGAGAGUGACAAGAGCAUUAAAGUGAAACAGGCUAAGAAAAGUGUAGACUUCGUUAUUAACGGAGUGAACAUGGACAUUUCGGAUCUACCUGUACCGGUAUGCACUUGCACUGGAGCUCCUCAGCAGUGUUACCGUUGGGGCUGUGGAGGCUGGCAAUCUGCGUGUUGCACCACAAACAUAUCGAUGCAUCCGUUACCGAUGAGUACUAAACGUCGUGGAGCGAGGAUCUCGGGUAGGAAGAUGAGUCAAGGCGCGUUUAAGAAGGUGCUUGAGAAACUUGCGUCCGAUGGGUUUAACUUUGGGAAUCCGAUUGAUCUUAAGAGCCAUUGGGCUAGACAUGGGACUAACAAGUUCGUCACGAUCAGAUGAUUUAGUUUCUUUCUUCCGGGACUGGGGUCUCUCAAUGAUCGUGUAUCCGAAGUCUGUGACCUUUUGAGUUCUGUCUGCAAUCUGAGUUCAGGUAAACCACCACUUGCUGGAGUCUGUUUGUUUGUUUGUCUGAGGGAAGAAGGUGACUGAGAAAAUGAAGUUUGGUUUUUCCCUCCUUUUGUUAUCUUUGUAAACAUUUUACUGACUUGUAAGUUUUAACAGAUAAUUCUUUUGAUUAAAUUUUUAUUUCUAAGA